UCCUCCUCCUCCUCCUCCCCUUCCUCCCCGUCCUCCUCCUGCUCUGUCCUCAUUCUGGUCCCCCUGGAGGAGGGGUCUGCUGCUGCCGGGUCCCCGAGUCCUCCCCAGAGCCCUCGGAGCUCCUGCCCCUCCCCCAGUGCCAUGGCAGGCGCUUCGGGGAGCCAGUCCCACCCGGGCUCCAGCAGCCCCGAUGAGGAGGGGUCGAGCACCUGGGGGGCCCCGGCAGGGCCCAGGCCUCCUCCCAGAUGCGCUCCGCGUGAAAGUGGCCGGCCUGGUGCUGCUGCUUCUGCUCCUCACAGUAUCGCACCAAUCAGCCGACCCACACGGGCGGAGAUGCUGGCGGCGGUUAGCCAAGAUGACCAGGACCGCUUCCCCGUGAUCUUCCGCCGAGCCUGCGAGUAUCUGCAGCUGGUCUUUGGAGUCGACGUGAAGGAAGUGGACCCCCGCGAGCACUCCUACGUCCUGGAAGGGUACCUGGAGUACCGGCAGGUGCCCGGCAGCGAGCCCGCACGCUACGAGUUCCUGUGGGGUCCCAGGGCGCACGCAGAAACCAGCGCCGUGCAAGUGCUGCAGCACAUCCUCGCGGUCAACAGCAGGCAGCCCGGGUCUCCGUGUCUGUCCGAAGAGGCUGUGAGCCAUGAGGAAGAGCGGGCCUGAGCCCGAGGGGCAGCCGGGCCCGUUCCCACCUGGGGUCGAGCAGCCUCUCCUGCGGGGCACGAAGCCAGGCCACUUCUCCCCCGCGAGUGCGAGCAGAGCGGGCGCUGGGCGUUAAGGUUUCGUGAGCUUCGGCUCAGUGUGGGAGUGGCACCCACGCCACAGGUGUUCAAGAGCCAGAGUUUUGCCGUUGGUGCAACGAGCUGGGAACCCUUCCGUCCUCGUUCGGGAUCCAGAAGGGAAUCGCGGUGCCUGGGCUGGGCACAGACAGGGAUGUCUUGCAAACGUGAAGACCUUGGCAGUAAACGGAUGGCUUCAGGACACGGAGCAAUAAAAGAUGUUCGUUCUUG